UAAACAUUGAAUCUGAAGUAAAAUCAAAAUAUGAGCAUAUCCGGCCUAUAGGUCAAUAUAUAAUUUGUUUUCUUCUUCUCCAAGUAAUAUAUAAUUUAUUAUGUUAUUCAAUUCAAUCUGAUUGAACUAUUCACAUGUUACAUGAAUAUGAACUUAUUUUAUUCUUUUAUGUAGCUGUCAUAGUGUCAUUUGAUGCAACCACGUUCAAAUUAUCAUUUAUAUGUUGAAGAUCAUCGUCAAAAAUUGUCAAACCUCAUCUUUUCUGUUGAUCUCUUUAGAAACUCAAAGAAUGGCUCCUAGUUUGUAUACCAUUCCCCUCUUCUUCUUGUCCUUGAUUUUCUUCAUCGUCCCUUCUUAUUCAAUUCACUUCCGAAUUCCCCGUUUUAAUCCAAGUGAUGCUAACAUAAUCUACCAAGGUUCUGCAGCACAAGAUGAUGGAGAAGUUAACUUCAACAUCAAUGAAAAAUAUUCAUGUCAAGUUGGAAGGGUCAUUUAUGCCAAAAAAGUGUUACUUUGGGACUCAAACACAGGUCAACUCACUGACUUCACAACCGAUUACACUUUCAUCAUCAACACUCAAAAUUAUGCUAUUUCUAAAUAUGGUCAUGGACUUGCUUUUUUCUUGGCUCCUUUUGGAUUUGAAAUCCCACCCAAUUCUUCUGGUGGCUUUUUUGGCCUAUUUAACACCACAACAAUGGAUUCAUCAACAAGUAACCAAAUUGUUCAUGUGGAGUUUGAUUCUUACCCAAAUUAUGAAUGGAAUGAGACAAUACAACAUGUUGGAAUCAACAAUAAUUCAAUCAUUUCAUCAGUAUCAACACCUUGGAAUGCAAGUUUCCAUAGUGGUGACACUGCUGAGGUAAGUAUUAGCUACAAUUCUAUUACCAAGAAUUUGACUGUAUCUUGGAAAUAUCAAACCACCUCUAAUCCACAAGAGAAAAAUAGUCUCUCAUAUAAAAUUGAUUUGAUGAAAGUUUUACCAGAAUGGAUUACUGUAGGAUUUUCUGCUGCAACAGGUUCCAUUGCAGAAGUAAAUAGUCUUUUGUCAUGGGAAUUUAAUUCAACUUUGGACAAAACUGAUGAUAGUAAUUCAAAAGAGACGAGAUUGAUUCUGAUAGUAACAGUUUCUUGUGGAGUUGUGAUAUUAGUAGUGGUAGCAUUUGUAGCAUAUGUAAUACUAAAGAAGAAAAGAAAGAAAAGUGAAAAGCAGAGGGAAGAGGCUAUGCAUUUAACUUCAAUGAAUGAUGAUCUUGAAAGAGGAGCAGGGCCAAGAAGAUUUACCUACAAAGAACUUGAUUUGGCUACCAAUAACUUCUCUAAGGAUAGAAAAUUGGGUCAAGGUGGAUUUGGAGCUGUUUUUAAAGGCUACUUUGUUGAUUUAGAUUUACAAGUUGCUGUAAAGAAAAUAUCAAGAGGAUCAAGACAAGGUAAGAAAGAGUAUGUAACUGAAGUUAAAGUCAUUAGUCAACUAAGACAUAGGAAUCUUGUGAAGCUCUUAGGUUGGUGUCAUGACAAAGGUGAGUUUCUUCUUGUUUAUGAGUUUAUGCCAAAUGGUAGUCUUGAUUCUCAUUUAUUUGGUAAAAGAACACCUCUUUCUUGGAGUGUAAGGCACAAAAUAGCUCUUGGAUUAGCCUCUGGUUUGCUUUAUCUACAUGAAGAAUGGGAGAGGUGUGUGGUACAUAGAGAUAUUAAAUCAAGUAAUGUUAUGUUAGAUUCUAGUUUCAAUGUCAAGCUUGGUGAUUUUGGGUUGGCUAAAUUAAUGGAUCACGAACUCGGGCCACAAACAACUGGGUUAGCAGGAACAUUCGGCUAUUUAGCUCCGGAAUAUGUGAGUACAGGCAGGGCUAGUAAAGAGUCAGAUGUGUAUAGUUUUGGGAUAGUUGUGAUGGAGAUAACUACCGGAAAGAAAGCUACCGAAGUAAUCAAAGAAAAAGAUGAAGAGAAGGGAAUGAUUGAAUGGGUUUGGGAUCAUUAUGGAAGAGGAGAGUUACUUGUGGCCAUGGAUGAGAAUUUGAAAAGGGAUUUUGAUGAGAAACAAGUAGAGUGUUUGAUGAUUGUUGGUUUAUGGUGUGCACAUCCUGAUGUAAAUCUUAGACCGUCGAUUAGACAAGCGAUUCAAGUGUUUAAUUUUGAGGUUUCAUUGCCAAAUCUUCCACCAAAGAGACCUGUUGCAACUUAUCAUGCUCCUCCUACACCUUCUGUAAGCUCAGUUGAAGCUUCCAUAACCAAUAGCCUUCAAGAUGGUCGUUAACUGAUACUUGGUCAAUGGACUCAUGACACGGUGUUAUGUUUCUCCUUUUCUUGCUAUGGUUUAUAAAUAAAAAUUAUUGUCUUGAUCACUCUGUACCAUGAUAUAUAUUUUAUUGGUUUAGCUUUGAAUGUAAUUAAGGUUUUAAAUAUAAUAUUAUUUGAGAAAUAAACUAUCUUAUCAUAAC